AUGUCGCAACUCAUCGACAAGCCGCUACUUGGCCCCCUCAUCGCCCUCAAUGGUUGGGCUUUCGCCAUGGAAGGCCUGAUGUACAAGCGCAGAGUUCCAGCGCUCAAGAAGUACGGCGUCACCUUCGACCCGGCCACGGUUAAGCAACAAAAGGCCGACAAACUGCCUCCUUUCGUCAUUUGGGCGGCCGACAACUACAACAACUUGCAAGAGCAACCCACCCAGUUCUACGCGGUGGCGCUUGCGUUGACCUUGUUGGAUGUCAAGGACAAGAUUACCGUUCGCUUGGCAUGGGCUUAUGUCGCCUUCAGGGUUGUGCACAGUCUGAUCCACGUAUCCGUCAACCAACCCUAUCCCCGCUUCCUCGUCUUCGCGGCGAGCUCGUUUACGCUUGUUGGCAUGGCGGCAAAAGCGGCGUGGGAACUUUUCUUCUAG